AUUCAACUCGUCCAUUUUGAGCUUAUUAACAACAAUUAUCAGACUUCCAGUCUUUGAAUUCUUGAAAAUGGAGCAUCUUAUAAUUGUCCUGUUCAUCUCCGCUCUUGUGGUAAUGAUACAUGGGAAUAAGCUCCCUAAAGCCCUUCAGGAGGUCGUUGAUAGGCAAAGAAGGACAGGGGACAACAGUCACUGGUGUUGUGAAAAUGAAAUGCCCGUUGAUAUGAUUAAAAGAUCUCGCACUAAAGUUGAAUACGUGACGGUGUCUGAGACAAUAAAGACUGGAGUCCAACCCUGUAGAUUAAUGAGCACUUGUUCUGUUUAUGAGCAAGUUUAUAGGACGGAGCCUCAGUUUUCUACAGAGUACUACGCAGUGCCUCACAAGGAGGCCUGCCCUGACGAAGCUGUAAAAUGCUGUAAGGGAUUCCUUCUCAUCGUUGGAAACUGUCUCAGUUUGGAGGAAAUCUCCAUGAGUGGUAUGACUAUCGAAGAGCUCAUCAAGUCCAAGCUGAUGGAAGAGAACUAAACAGCUCUCCAUUCGAAAUGUUGAAACAAAACAUAAAAUUUCAUGGGUCGUUCAAAUAAAAGUAUGCAACAA